UCUGAGUGUGAGCUGAGCCUCUCAGGUUAUUUUGGGGGUCAGCUGUCGUUCGUCCCGUCAGCAAGAAACUCCUCCUCCUCCUCCUCUUUCUGUCCUCUGCCUCUCUCUGUCUCUUCUUCACCUCCUCUCCUUUACUCCACUGAUCCUGAUCUCUGAGGAUGGAGACGUCGGUGAAAGCAGCGAAGGUGCUGGUGCCCCCCCAGCCUGACAUGGCGUCCUCCAACAUGGACGACGAGCACACUGAAGGUGAGGCAGCAGCUGCAGCCUGCGGCUCCUCCUCCGACUCCUUCGACCCCAUGCUGGAGUUCAGCAGACGGCUGGAGGACAUCAUCAGCACCUACGGCUCCACGGCCGGCCUCACGGACAAACAGAGCGUGGUGGAGGCAGAGAAAGAAAAGAUGAAGGAGCAGGCCAAAGAUGACAUCACAGUUACCAUGGAGACAGACGUCUCUCUCAUCAUGCAGAGUCUGAGCAAACUGUCCUCCCCGGAGGAGAAACUGGAAGAUCUGGUCAGGAAAUACGCUGAACUGGCAGCCUUGCGGCGCUGUGAUGAGAAGAAGCUGUGUGUCCUGCAGCAGAAGUUGUCUGUCCUGCUGGAGGAGAAGCAGCAGCUGCAGGCCGAGCGUCACAGCAGCAUCACGGCUCGCAGCAAACUGGAGACUCUGUGCAGAGAGCUGCAGUCGCACUACAGCACGCUGAGGGAGGAGACGCUUCAUCGCUGCAGGGAGGAUGAGGAGAAGAGGAAGGACAUCACCUGCCACUUCCAGAAGAUGCUGACAGAAAUCCAGGAUCAGAUCGAGCAGCACAGCAGCCGGAACGACAAGCUGUGCCUCGAAAACAAAAGCCUGACUGAAAAACUGGAGAGUCUCAUGAACCAGUGUGAGCUGAGGGACGAGAGUCUGGAGAAGAUCAACAAGCACCGUGACCUGCAGUGCAAACUGACUGAGGCCAAACUGCAGCAGGCCAACGCUCUGCUGACUGAAGCUGAGGAAAGACACAAGAGGGAGAAGGAAUAUUUGCUUAGGGAGGCUAUUGACAAAACAAAGAAAUGCUUCGCUAUGAAGGAGCAGGAGCUGGCCAUGAAGAAGAAGCUGACCCUCUACGCCCAGAAGUUUGAUGAGUUUCAGGCGACGCUGGCCAAAAGCAACGAAAUCUAUGUUCGCUUUAAACAGGAGAUGGAUAAUAUGUCAGCCAAGAUGAAGAAAAUGGAGAAAGAAUCGAAUGUUUGGAAGACUAGGUUUGAGAACUGCAACAAGGCUCUGACUGACAUGAUCGAAGAGAGAACCGAGAAAAGCAAAGAGUACGACCUGUUCGUCCUGAAGAUUCAGAAGCUGGAGAAGCUGUGUCAUGCCCUACAGGACGAGAGAAAAGUCCUCUAUGCCAAGAUCAAAGACGUCCGUCACACUAAUGCAAACAUCCCAUCAAAGGUGUUUGGCAGCUCUAACCUCAGCGACAUCAUCAGCUCAGAGGGAGCUGACAAAGCUGCCAUCUUGACUGAUGCGGAGGUCCAGGAGCUCCAGGAGAUCCAGGAGGAGGACCCAGUCCUGACAGAGGACAUGACUCGUCUAAAGGAGGAGCAGGCCAAGCUGCAGGAGUUUGCUGCCUCCCUGUUGACCGCACCUGCUGACAAUGACGAAGAGGACAACGAUGAUAUAGACCUUGAGGAGGACAUAGUGGCUUCUGCAUUUGUCCAGUUCAAAACCAAACCUCAGGUGGAAGAGGAGCCGGUUUCAGUCCCUGAGCAGGUGGUAGAUGUGAAAUCAGAGGCAGCAGAAACUGAUGUCACAGUCUCUGAUAAAGUGGGGGAGGUUCAAAAGCCAACCCCUGAAGCUCUAACACCUGAAGAGAAGACCUCUGAAAUGAAACCAACAGACCCCGAACCAGAGGCAGUAAAAGUUCUAACAGAAGUUGAGGUAAAAGAGAUGCAACAAGUCAAACCAGAGGAGGAAGUCCAGCAGCAGCAGCACCAGCCCUCUGAACAGGAACCAACUCUAGAGGCCAAGAAAGUUGAGACUGAUCCACCAACAGAGCCAAAACCAAAGGCAACAGAAGCUGAGGAUCCUGGUGAGGUCAAACCAUUGGUCCCAGCAGAAGACGAGAAGCUGCAGCAGCAGCCAGCUGAACCAGUGCAGGUAUCAGAAGCAGCACCAACAGUCUCAGAGCCAACUCCACCUAAUACAGCUGCCCCCUCCAACGCUGAUUCCUCCAAGAAGCAGGCACCAAAGAAGAAGAAGAAGAAGGGAGGCAAGAACUCCAGCUAAAAUUUAGGCUAUACAGAGGGUGUGUGUGUGGUGUUAUUUGAGAGUAUUGUGUGUGUGUGUGUAACUGAUAUCACAUUGUGCCUUUGCACCUUUUGUAAAAGGUAAAAAUCUUUAGUUUGUCCAAGCUGGUCCGCCUGAAGUCUUCUCCCAUCAAUAUCUUAAGCUUCAGUAUCACCAGAUGAAGGCAGACAAAUAAACCGACUGUAUUUUACAGUUUAAAGGUCAGAAUGAAAGACAGCACUGACUUUUAUUUAGAGUAGAGUAAAUGGUAAAUGUUUUUGCCCUGUGUCAAGCAGAAUGUCAUAACAAAAUGCCAAUAAAUAGGCUGCAUCUCUCUUAAACCAGAAAUCACAUCACAAGCAUUACAACUGUAAUAAAGUGGUUGUUUGGCAGUUUGA